AAAACACCACCACACACUCUCACUCUAACUCGCAGCUCUCUCUCUCUCUCUCUCUCUCUCUCUCUCUCCUCUCUUCUGAUAUGCGUUAGGGAAAGAGAAAGACGCAAGCAUCUCGGAUUCCGAGGCUGACCUAAUGAUUCCUCUCCGCGUUUGAUCUCCCUGCUUUUUCACCUUUCUGCUCGCACAGACCAAUGAGCCACCGACACAUUUUGCUCCUCCCUCGAGCCCGUCGUGGUCUCCGUUGAAGGCGGUGAUUGCCUCUGCACAAACCAAAGAUAUACUCCGGCGAGUACUAUGCAUACGAUGCCACUCGUCUGAGAAAGUGAGAGAAAAAUAUUUCCUGUGGUUUCCUUCUCAUUGCCAAACGGGGCAGAGCGUUCUGGUUCUGAUUGUGGAAUAGCUGGCGAGCUUUGUCGUUUCCGUUAGGCUUAGCGGCGACGGUGACGCCGUCGACGACGACAGAUUGGCCAGCAUCUGUGUAGCUGAAUAAGAUGCAUAUGGGGCUUCCUUGUAGUAAGAUUUUUCAAGUUUGAUAAAGCAGGACAUUGCAGAUAUCAACAUGGAAGGCUAUUUAGAACCCAGAAGGACUUCCAAUGAUCAACAAUCUGUGGGAAAGUCUGGAAGCGUAUCGUGUCCAACAACUGCAAGCAUAAACCAAGAAAACAAGUCCAAAUCAAGAAAGUCUAGUUUGUCCUAUGCUGAUCUCCAUCAUGAGAUUACAAAGAAUAUAAAUGAUAUUCGACGUGAUUCUGUUGGGUACCACCAAAAGAAGCAGAUUGAUAAAAAGAAAAAGGAAGAAGAUGAGCUUGUUAAGUACAUGUCAAAGUUGCCAAGUUAUCUUGAGAGGGGAAAAAACCGUCAGGAGAAAGUUUUAAAUGUCGGUGUCCUAGACUGGGGGCGCCUAGAAAAAUGGCAGCAUAGCCAUAAACAGAUGCCAUACAGAAGUAGCUGGUAUUCACCAUCAAGUAGUAAUACAACCUCAUGUUUUUCGACAGAUGAAUCAUCAACCCCUUCUAGCCGAGGCCACAGUUGUUCUCCUGCUCGACCGAAGGUGCGUCGUCCUUCACUGGAAUCUCAUUUCAUGAAAUCUCCAAUAGAGGGCCAUUCUGAAGUUGUCAACUGUUUUAGAGAAAGGGUCGAAAAAUUUCAAGAUCUUAAAGUUGAUGGGAGUAGCACCUUGAAUGGGCUGGAAAAGUCCAUUGGAACAGAUAAAUCUUUAUGCAAAAACCGCCAAGACAUCAAGGUGGAACAGUACAUGAGAAAAGAUUUAGACCCAAAGAGUGAGCCAGAAAAAGGAGUUUUGCAGAGUGGCCCACAUGAAAUUGCAGCUCACGGUGAAUUAAUGAAGAAAUCAGAGAACUUAUGUAAACCUUAUUCAGAAAAUUCUGAACGAGAUAUCCUUGAAGGAUGCCAGAAAGUUGUUCUGCUUUUGCCUAGAGAUUGUCCUGAAAACAAAGAUUCUGGUGUUUCCAAUCCAUCUGAUUCAAUGAAACUGCUUCAUCAAAGAGCAGCAAAAGCAACCUGGGGAAGAUUUUCAGAUAGACCCAAGGAGGCAUGCCAUGCAGAUCUCAGAACUGAUAUGCCACACUCAUGCCCUUUCCCUUCUGAAGUUGAAUGUAAACACUCUCGGGUAAAACAGCUUGGCUCUGUAGAUGCUACGAGUAUCAGAUUACAAUCUAAUGUACCUUGCUCAGGAACACAGUCAGCUAAAACAGGAACAAGCCCAUCAAGAGGCAUAAAAGUAGAAGAGAGAAAAGCAGCUGUAGCCUCCGCAUCUUCAACUGUAAGUGAGCCUUAUAAGGGAUUAGAUCUGAAACCAAGCAAAGCAACUGCUGAAAAAGUAAGGAGCAGUUCACCUUUUCGCCGGUUUAGCAUUGGCGUGGGUAAGAUCAGUAAGAUUUCCAGUUCUAAGGACUGUUCAGAUGUACAGAAGCUGAGUUCAACAACUUUUUCAGCCAAACCUGGUUCCACGAACACUGUGACUUCCACUUUUAUGGAUGCUUCAGACGAUGAUAAGUCCAAUUCCACUGGCAGAGCCAAGUCGAGCCCUCUGAGAAGGUUACUGGAUCCACUGCUGAAACCAAAGGUGGCUAGCUGCCAUCCCUUAGUGGAGCCAUCAGAGAAAGGUUCCAUAUCAAGAAAUAAGCUACGCAAGUCAUCUGUGGGGGAAGUUGAUUCUUUGUCUGAGCUGCCAGGGAAGGUAAAACUAGAUAUGACUGGUUGCAGAACAAUUAAUGUCAACAAGUCAGCUAUGGUCAAGAGGAGUGGAUCCACAGCAGUUCAAGCUCUUCUACGAGUUGCAGUUAAGAAUGGCCUGCCCCUUUUCACAUUUGCGGUUGACAAUGACAUUGACAUUCUUGCAGCCACAGUGAAGAAGUUAAAUACCUCCAAAAAUGAUGACUGCAGCUGCAUCUACACGUUCUUCAGCAUCCAGGAAGUCAAGAAAAAGACUGGAACUUGGAUGCAUCAAGGCAGCAAAAGCAAGAGUCAUGACUAUGUCCAUAAUGUUGUGGCUCAAAUGAAGGUUGCUGAUUCUCAGUUUCCCAAUUUGGUCAGACUGGAAGACUUUAGCGUUAGAGAGUUUGUUUUAUUCUCUGUAAACCUGACACAGGCAGGUUGUCAAACCUCAGACUUCCAGCCAAAUGAUGAGCUUGCCGCCGCUGUUGUCAAAAUCCCGAAAACAACCAAUCAGCAGUCUACCAGAGUUUGGCAUGAUAGGGAUAACUGUAGUAUCUUUCCUGUGGUUGGUUCAGAUGAGUGUUUGUCUAGGGUAAGACGCCAUUCUUAUUCUGGGGAAGCUGUAGACGGUAAGCCUUUUGUUGGUACUCAAGGCCUUAUUAGCACAACAGUGAUACUUCCUACUGGUACCCAUAGUCUACCAAGCAACGGAGGACCAUCGUCACUGAUUAAACGUUGGAGUUCAGGCGGAUCAUGUGACUGUGGAGGUUGGGAUUUGGGUUGCAAACUAAGGAUAUUUGACAAUAAGAAUCAAGUCAGCGAGAAAUUGACCUCACAUAAGGUUCGCCACAUCACAGAUCGGUUUGAGCUUUAUUCUGAGGGAGGAUUACAAGAAAACCAGCCUGCAUUCAGUUUGGCCCCAUUCAAAGAUGGGAUCUAUUCAGUUGAGUUCAAUCCUUCACUCUCAAUCUUACAAGCAUUCUCCAUAUGUAUAGCAGUAUUAGAUAGUCGGAAUCUCUGUGAAUUCUCUGUGUCAAGGAACUCGUUACAAGAACAAACUUUUGGGGAAACUAUGUUAAUGCAAAAUGCUGGAUUAAGUCUUCCAGAUCGAACUGAAGGGGAAGUUCCUGCAAGAUAUUCCUCAAAUCCCCCACUUUCUCCAGUCGGGAGGGUCUAGUUUUACCAUGAUUGCCUCUUGAAGUUACUGUACAUCUUCAGUUGCCCGGGUUGAUAUUGUACAAAAUCUGCGGUAGGUGCCUUAACUUGUAUUGGGUUUUAGAUUCAUAACCCCGCGAAGAUAACAGGCGUCGGGAAUCCGCAGAUUACUGUAGAUGUCAGCAGCAAUAUAUGAAGUAAUUCAUAUGUAUUGUGAGUUUAAAGUGUUCAAUCCAUUUAAAUCUGCA